AAUAGUAAAGACAACAGAAUAUUCACUUUCAGUUUCUGUCCGGCGUUGAACCGUUCCUGGUCGCACCCACGCUAUCUAAAGUUAUAAAUUCCGGUCUUGUGUCGGCCGUUAGGAAUAUGUGAGAUACUUUCAUCCGGUAAACGUAUCAGAGUGAUGUUGCCGAAACAAGUUUUAAUCUGCUUCUUAGCAGGCAUCUUGCAAAUCCCCCUCGUUCUGAGCGAUAAGCAACCAGAUAGUUCAGGGAACAGUUCAAUAGUUUGUGGAAAUGCACGGAAAGUGUUAAAUGAUUGCUUUAAUAAUUUACCACCGGAACUACUGAAAUUUUUGUCAAUUUCAAAAAUCCCGGUUACGAAGAGUGAAAUAGUUGGAAAAUGCGAUGUCUUUCAACAAGGUAUGAAGUGUAUCGACGAAUAUACCAAAAAAUGUAUUGAAGCGGAAAAGCGGAAACUCUUCGAUAGCACAGUUUUCGGAGCCAAAAGUUUUCUGAAGAAACUUUGCUACGAUAGCCAUUUUCAAGCAGAUUACUUGAGGCACAAGGAGUGCUUCGUUUUCAUAGAGGAUGAUUGGCAGCGAUGCUCCUCACAGUUUCUAACUAUUUUGACGGAGGAGCUGCAUAGUGUUGACAACAGAUCAAAGAAUAUCAGCAACAAAUUCAUGCAGUUUUGCUGUUCCAGAUAUGCUUAUGAGCAGUGCAUAGGCAACAGUGCGAAGAUCAAGUGUCAUAAGACAUCAGCGAACUUUGUUGAAAAUGUGGUGCAGAUUCUAUCCAGAGAGCGUCAUUUUCAUAAUUGCAAGCGUUACGAGGACCUGCUUUGUUCCAGCGCUGAAACGAAUUCUAUAAAUGUGUUUGUACUUUAUUCAAUUGUUGUUAUUUCUUCGAUUUUUACGUAUAUUGUGGGAGAUUAAAGAAGUAUAUGUUUAUUAAAA